AUGGGGAUCAACACCGACAGCGUGCGGCAGAGACUCGAGUCAACGAUGUUCGUGAAGCUGAACUCGUCCGGCCAUCCGUAUGAGGAGCACUAUGUCGCCCAUAUCAAAAUAUGGGAGGCAGCGCAGGAUGGCAGAGGCAAGAAAUCAAGAUACGUCGUUUUGUCUCAGGCGAGCGAUGGAUCUGGCUUUAUUCACAAGGCGAAAUUCAACUGUAACGGUGCGUUCUCCGUCGGAAAGACGUGGAGGAUGGAGGAACUGCGUGAAGUUGAAGUAGUGAACUCGUUGGUGUUUGAGAUCACACCUAGCGCCACAACAUACCGUUGGCAAGCGGACAAUGCCCGAGACCAGACGAAAUUCAUCACCUCCCUCAUCAGACUGUUUCAAUUCGUUACAGGAGGCACAGUACCAUUGCGGCUGAUCGGGGUGAAGGAUCCGGAUGACCCUGCGUUGUGUAUGUAG